UCGGGAGGCGAGAUGGCCGGCGAGGAACUGUGGCAGGAGUGUUGUCACUGGUUGGCGAGGAUAGAGCUUAUUACGAGAGAUCAUGUCCUUACGUCGGAAAAUGCUAAACUCGCGGACCUUUGUCGGUUUCUUAGAGACGGUGUGAUGAUCUGUAAAAUCCUCCACAUCCUGGACGAAGGUUGCAUAGACCUGAGAGCGAUCAACCAAAGGCCUCAGAAUGCUCAGUUUUUGUGUAUGAAAAACAUCAGCAUCUUUCUGAGUACAUGUGAGAAGUUUGGCCUCCACAAAGAUGACCUUUUUGAACCACAAAUGCUCUUUGAGCUCACUGACUUUGGAAAGGUUUUAUCAACUCUCUCCAAACUUAGCAAAACCCCAAAGGCUCAGCAGCUGCAAGUGGAAGGAUUUCCACUUGUUAAUGGAAGAUAUGAUGAGGCCAUAUAUGAUACCCUGGUCAAAGACAUAGAGAAUGGGCCAGAAGGUGAGGGGUCUUUUGAGGAUGAGGACCUCUACUAUAACACACAUGAGGGAAUAUACAUAGAACUCAGACUCGGCCCAGCACACCAAAGCCAGCGGGAGGAAAACAUUUACAACACUCCCAUGGACUUUGAGCCCUAUUAUUCUGAGUUAGUCGAAGAACUGGCCAGAGACUUACCGAGGGAGAAACGGGACCUUUGCCUGCAGGAGCUCAUAGAGACCGAGAACAAUUACGUCGAAGCGCUCGAGAUGCUCACAAAUAAGUUCCUCAGACCGCUUAGAGAACUCAUUGAAGAAAGUCAGAUUGUGAAAAUUUUUUCAAAAAUACCGGAAUUAGCCAAGAUUCAUAGAAUUUUACAUCAAGGUCUUAAGAAAGCACAAAACAACCCCCAUGCCUACAGUGUGUCUCAAGUCUUCCUUGAUAACCAGGAAAAGCUUUUAGUUUAUGGAGAAUAUUGUGCUAAUCUCACCUCAGCUCAGCAAGAGUUAGAAGACACUAUGAAGAACAAUGAUGCUGCACGACAAAAGAUUCAGGAAUGUCAGAAGGAAGUCAGUAAAGGGAGGCACCAAUUACGAGAAUAUUUAGUAGUGCCUCUCCAGAGAAUCUUGAAAUAUCAUCUUUUAUUACGAGAACUCAUCAGAUACACAUCAGCAAACCAUCCAGAUUUAGAUAACUUAAAAAAGGCACACGAGGCUAUGAUGGAUCUAGCUGACUAUAUCAAUGAGGUUAAACGAGAUAAUGAAAUGCUACAGAUAAUUGAAGAUAUUCAGACAAGUAUCAUGGACAUUCCUGAGGAACUAAGACGAAGAGAGGACCUUGGGAAACUAAGGCUGGAUGGAGAAAUAAAGAUUGAAUGUCACCCAGAACCCAAUAAGAAAAGAUAUGUUUUCGUUUUUGACAAAGUCAUGAUGAUGUGCAAGUCAGCCAAGAGAUUAUCCCAGCUGUUUGUUAAUAAUAAUUCGAAUAGAUGGUCGAUGGGGGAGACUUCAGGAGAGGAGGAGAAGUAUGUCUUCAAGGACUGUGUGAAGCUUGAGAACUGCAAAGUGGAAGACACUGUGUUGACUUCCUCGGGAGGAACCAUCAGGAACAAGCAGAACAGCUUCUUUUUAGUGGUCAGUGGUAAUAAGAAAGCUUACACCAUCAUCACCAAGGACCUUGAUUCUAAGGAAAAGUGGAUGAAAAGUAUAACAGAUGCCAUAGAGAGUUUGUCUCCUCCAGAAAAUCAGUCACAAAACCACUCCUUUGCAAUCACUACAUUCAAGAUGCCAAAUACCAGAUGUAGUAUAUGUAAAAAGCUAAUGAAAGGAUCUAUUUUCCAGGGCUAUCAGUGCCCAACAUGUAAGAUGAUUGUUCAUAAGUCUUGCCUGAACAAGUUAACGCAGAACCAUACGUGUACUAUUGAAUACCCAGGGAAUCAAUUUUCUGUUUCGCUGGCUGUUCCCCACAAUGCACCACAACCUCCAAUACCGGAUAACCUCCAGGUGCAGGAAUAUCCUUGGUGGGCAGAAAGAAUGUCAAGGAAUGAGGCUACAAUUCACUUAGGAUUGGCGGCUGAAGGGACCUUUCUCCUCCGGUGGUCGGACCACAACGAGCAGCCUGUUUUGUCACUCAAGGCCAUGGGGGAAGUGAAACAUAUGCGUGUCUAUAGACAGGAGGAGACAGGCUACUUCUAUCUGAGUGAAGCCCGUUAUUUCACAUCUGUGGUGGACCUCGUUCACCAUUACAGAAGUUCACCCCUCUCAGAAAGUUUCACUGGGCUUGAUUGUUGUUUGCGUCGGCCAAUAUAUGACACAGCAAUAGUACGAUACCCAUAUGAGGGGUCUGGAGCUGGACACCUCAGGCUUGUCCAAGGGCAGAGAGUCAUGAUAAUUAGUAGAGAAGGAGAGGGCCGUGGCUGGUGGAAGGGUCGAAUUGGAUCUAGGAUGGGAUACUUCCCAAGAGAAUAUGUCACCCUGGAAACUGACCCUCUUGCUGGUUGGUAAUGCUGCAACCAACAGGUUUUACAGUCUGAUCCAGUAGUUCAAGUUUCUAGUGGAACAGUGUUUUUAUAACACACACACACACACACACACACACACACACACACACACACACACACACACACACACACACACACACACACACACACACAUACACACACACACACACACACACACACACGUGUAUUAUAUACUUAUUUAUAACUAUAUGUAUAUGCUACAUAUAGUGUACAGGGUCAAUCUUUGUAUGUGAAAUAACACCCCAUCUGUAUGUCAAUUGCCAAAAUUGUUUAGAGAGCAACUUUACUCAUGACUCCUACACCAUAACAGAGUUAGACAUUUGGGGUAGUGUCUUAUUAGGCAUGAUUGAUUGACAUGUAUAUAAGAGGUUUGGGGGGGGGGGAGAGAGAGAGAGAGAGAGAGAGAGAGAGAGAGAGAGAGAGAGAGAGAGAGAGAGAGAGAGAGAGAGAGAGAGAGAGA